AUGAAUAUUCAUGACGCUGAUGAGCGCCCGUUGAAGAAGAGGCGCUUUUUCGUGGAUGAUGAAGAUCUCGCCACUCCCCAACCAUCCACUGAUUCUGUCACAGCAAGUCUCCACACGCCCGAUUCCUCGUCCCUGACCGGUCAAGAUGCCCAGCCACAGCCUACACGAUCUAAAAAUGGCCCGGAAAAUACAAAAGCACUUUUGAUGGAUGAUUCUACGCCGGUCGAGGAUCAUGCUGUGCCACAUGUGGAGCAAGAGAUCGUGCAAGCGGAACACCACAAUGCAGAUUCUAGGACAGAGGGUGCCCUACUACAGGUGGACUACGACGGGUUCGAUAUAUCGACGUUCACAAGUAUUAUAGGGGAAAAUCUCUCGGCAGAUUCAAUACAAAGAAUCCGAAGCGCUGCUGGUGACGACCUUGAACGGGCGGUCAACAUCUACUUCGAUGGCUCUUGGAAGAAAUCCCCAACUCCUCGUGCUCAGAAUCAGACUACUCUUACGGCUCGCCAACGCCCGCUUCCUACACAACCCCAUAAGAUCGCUACUCCCCUGUCAGCAGCCUGUAAACCACACACCCAGACCCUACCGCCUGACAAGGUCACAUCUCGCCCUGCGACUCAGCCUCCCUUAAGAUACAUAGGUGCGUUUGGUGUUGGAGCCUGGGCUACAAGGAGUGGAGCUGGAUUCCUCAGACAUGGGGAUCUUGUAAAUAUUGAGCGUACACGGUCCCAGCCGCUCUCAAAGCGGAACCGUGCCGGGAAGCUGGUUUCUAAUCAGAAGAGUGACGUUCUCACCCGGUUUACCACUAAAUCAGGGCAGGAAAUAGGAAGAUUGCCCCGGGAAACAGCUGAAUGGGUCUCAACCCUGCUGGAUCAAAGGGUGUGUACAUUUGAAGGUGUAUGCGUAUACGUGCCGGACCGGGUCCGGGUGAAUGACACCAUCUAUCUGCAGCUGCGAUGCUACUUGCGCAUCGAGGCAUUCCAGCCACGGAUAUUCAGUCAAUCGAUGGAUGACAAUAGGUCCGUUGCAAUCUUCGAGGAGAAAGAAAGUGCAGAUGAGAAAGCACUGCGGCUCCGCCAAGUGGCUCUUGUGAAGCUGUUUGAUGAAAUCCAUCUUCAACCGACAUCCGUCAAUGACAUGACGAGAAAUCAUAAGAAAGAAGGGUUGCUUCGUGCGGCGGAAAUGGCUGAACAGCACGAGCGAGUGAAAAAAGAAAAUCAAACAAAUGACGACUCUUCGGAGGAGGACAGCCCUGAGCUUGAAGAGGAUCAGCUUGAUACCCUCUAUAAGAAGGCUCAGUCAUUCGAUUUUAGCAUGCCUGAAGCAGAACCUGCCUCGUCAUUCACCUUGCAUCUUCGAAAAUAUCAGAGGCAGGCACUAUACUGGAUGCUCGCAAAGGAAAAGGACAAUAAGUCUGCAAGGGAGACGUCGCUGCAUCCCUUAUGGGAGGAGUACAGUUGGCCGUCCAGGGAUGUCGACGACAAAGAACUCCCAGUUGUGGCUGGCAUUGACCACUUUUACGUCAACCCUUACUCUGGCGAGCUUAGCCUUGACUUCCCUGUCCAAGAGCAGCAUUGCCUUGGGGGUAUCCUGGCAGAUGAAAUGGGCCUGGGUAAGACGAUUGAGAUGCUCAGUUUGGUCCACUCUCAUCGCAUUAUGCCUCAGAGGUCCACUGAUCUUGUGAGGUUGCCUCAGUCGGCCUCCGGGGUCGUACCCGCCCCAUAUACCACUCUUGUGAUUGCGCCCACAUCCCUCCUUUCGCAGUGGGAAAGUGAAGCACUGAAGGCUUCGCAGCCGGGAACAAUGAACGUCCUCAUGUAUUACGGGGCGGACAAGAAUAUCAAUCUUAAAAACCUCUGCGCUUCGGGAAAUGCUGCUGGCCCCAAUUUAAUCAUAACCAGCUAUGGCGUUGUUCUCUCGGAAUACCGUCAGCACAUGUCCGCGUUGCUCUCAUCUAUGAGCUCCGGUGGCCUAUUUUCCGUGGACUUCUUCCGAGUUAUCGUCGAUGAAGCUCAUGUAAUCAAGAACCGUCUGUCAAAGACAGCCAAGGCGUGCUAUGAGCUCAAGGCAACCCAUCGUUGGGUGUUGACAGGAACUCCCAUCGUUAAUCGCCUGGAGGACCUGUUCAGCCUUGUGAGAUUUCUCAAGGUCGAGCCCUGGAAUAACUUCUCAUUCUGGAAGACAUUUAUCACAGUGCCUUUUGAGUCCAAGGACUAUGUGCGCGCCCUGAACGUUGUGCAGAGCGUGCUGGAGCCCCUGGUCCUCCGACGUACGAAGACAAUGAAGACCCCCGAGGGUGAACCUUUAGUGCCUUUACCACGUCGCACCAUCACAAUAGAGGAGGUCGAACUUCCCGACCAGGAGCGGGAGAUUUAUGAUCUUAUCUUUACACGGGCAAAGCAGACGUUCAAUCACAAUGUCGAAGCUGGCACUCUCUUGAAGUCCUAUUCAACGAUCUUCGCACAAAUUCUCCGCCUCCGCCAGACCUGCUGUCAUCCUAUCCUCACACGCAACAAAGCGAUAGUUGCAGACGAGGAAGAUGCAGCAGCGGCUGCCGACGCAGCCAACGACCUCAAGGACGACAUGGAUCUUCAAGAUCUCAUUGAUCGCUUCAAGGCAUCCACCGAAGCAGCCGAAUCCAACGAGCCUCAGGAUCCAUCCGCCAAAUUCACUGCUCAUGCAUUGAAACAAAUCCAAAACGAAGCCAGCGGCGAAUGUCCCAUUUGCUCGGAAGAGCCCAUGAUUGACCCUGCCGUCACGGCCUGCUGGCACAGUGCAUGCAAGAAAUGUCUGGAGGACUACAUCCGCCACCAAACCGAUAAGGGCAUGGACCCUCGGUGCUUUUCAUGCCGAGCACCCACCACGUCGCGAGACAUCUUCGAAGUGGUUCGUCAUGAAAGCCCUAAUACCACACCCGAAGACGAUAUAUAUAGCAGUACUCCAACCCCCUCUCAAGCGCCUCCCCGAAUAAGCCUCCGCCGUAUCCACCCUCUUUCGCCGUCUGCCCAUACAUCUGCCAAAGUGCAUGCCCUUCUCGCUCAUCUUGCCCGCGUCCCUGCCAAUACCAAAUCCGUUGUCUUUUCCCAAUUUACCAGUUUCCUCGACCUCAUUUCCCCCCAACUCACCCGUGCGGGUAUCCAUCACGUCCGUCUGGAUGGUACCAUGCCGCACAAAGCCCGUGCGGAAACCCUCGCGCAAUUCAACCGGGUCGAAACCUUUGCCGACCAAAAUGAAAUUGACAACGAUGUCGACGCCAACGAUUCCACCCAGCUUCCCCUCUCCAGGGCAAAGCACAGACACUCGACCGCCCCGCCCCCUCCCACGGUUCUUCUUAUCAGUCUCCGCGCCGGAGGUGUGGGUCUUAAUCUCACGGCAGCUAGUAAUGUCUUCAUGAUGGAUCCUUGGUGGAGCUUUGCAAUUGAGGCUCAGGCUAUUGAUCGGGUUCAUCGCAUGGGUCAGACACGGGAUGUGCAAGUGACACGGUUCGUGGUGAAGGACUCCAUCGAGGGAAGAAUGUUGAGGGUUCAGGAACGGAAGAUGAAUAUUGCAGGGUCUUUAGGACUGAGGGUUGGUGGAGAUGGCUCCGAGGAUGACAAGAAGAAGGAAAGAAUCGAGGAGUUGAGGUUGUUAUUUGAAUAG